ACGGCUUUCGAACGCAAGCUCCAGGGCUGUUCCGCACUUGUAGGUCUUCUGAAGAUACUUUGAGUCAAUUAGGGUUACGUCUUUGCCUUUGGUUAAAAACAUUUAACAAUGGCUCAACCUCAGGAAGACCCUGAUCCAAGCGAGUACUUAUUCGUCUCUCUCGAACAAAAACGCAAGGAUCAGACUAAGCCUUACGAUGGCAAGAAGAUGGUAUGGGUUCCUGAUGAGAAGGAAGGCUUCAUUAUUGGUAACAUCGUAAGCACGAAAGGCGACCAGGUUACAGUUGACUGCCCAGGUGGUGAGCGCGUAAUAAAGAAGGAUCAACUUCAACAAGUUAACCCACCGAAGUUCGAGAAAACCGAAGACAUGUCCAACAUGACCUACCUGAACGACGCCAGUGUUUUGCAUAACCUGAAAGAGCGUUACUUUGCUAAACUUAUAUACCUGUUUGACACUUGA